GUGAGCCAAUAGUAAGCUAAUUUUACUAAUUGAUGGUGAAACGCGCGAGCUUGAAGUUUUGAUAAGGAGCUCGUCUGGUCGGUUUGUUGCAUAGAAAGUGAAAAAUAUGGCGAGUGUGAGAGAGCGAGCUGCUGCUUUAAACCUCGCAGGGAAGAUGUACAGCCCAAUGCACCAUCCUGCUGAUCAGCAGACGCUCAUUUCUUCGUGCCAAACCAGCUUCAUCUGGAGCAGACUAAUCUCACACCUCCAGUCGGAGGUGAAGGUAAAGCGGCGACGCCACUUCCUGAAAUCUCACGACAACUGCUUUGUGGGAUCUGAUGCUGUUUCUGUGAUCCAAGCCUACGUUAAGCAGAGCAAGGUUUUGGGGGAUGCCGAAGUGCCCAGGGCCAAAGCGGUUCGUGUGUGUCAGGCUCUGCUGGACUGCAAGGUGUUUGAAGCAGUAGCAAGUAAAACAUUUGGGAAGGAGAGCAAGCUGUCGGAGUUUCAGGACAGCGUCGGCAGCCUGUACCGGUUUCUGAACACCCAGACCCCUGUGCUGAGCAGUGCAGAAAAUACACUUACCUCUCCCAGCAAAGAGAGGAACCCAGAGAACUGCCUACACGGUGAUGACCCACUGUUCUGUCACAGUACUCCAGUGAAACCAGGCCACAUUAUGAACAUCUUGCUGGAGGAGAUUGACCUUAGCCUGAGCCUUCUCCAAGCUGAAAGUUUACCGCCAUCAGUGGUCAGUAGGGUGUGGCAAGAGCAGACGGUUCAACGUUUGCUGCAGCUGAUUGAGCUCCCUCUGCUGGACGGUGUGUUGGAUUGUGGACAGUGUCCCUAUCGGCCCAACAAUAAUGAACCUGACAUUCUUUACACAAGUAACUACCUGGACAGAGAAAUACUAAAGGCUUUUAAGGAGUCGCAAAAAGAUGAGUGGCUCUUGGCAGCAUUAGAGCUGAUGGACUUUCUGCCAGACCAGCAGGUGGUAGAGGUAAGCAGAGAGCUCCCCAGCCUCUCACAGGAUGAUGAAGAGGAUGGUGGAAAUGAAGAACAUGCACUGUGGAGAUCCACAGGCAUCCAGCAAUGCAAAGAUCUACUGUUUGACAUUCUGGCUAAACAUUAUGGACAGGCCAGUUUCCAGCCUCUUCUUCCUAGUGGACUAAAUGAUGUCUACACACAAAUUACUGAACUUUUGGUGAACGGGAAGUUUGACGUGGCUCUGGAAGUGUUACAGCUGUGUCUGAAGUUGCUUCCUGCAGCUAAUAGAGAGGAGCUGUACAGGCUGCUGAGCUUCAUGUCACUGGCUGCAGAUCCACAACACAUCCGGCUUCAUAAGGAGAUCGAGAAUCGGGUUCACGUGAAGAAAACGUUUUGUAGAUCGAUAAUACAAAGCAGGAGCCUCUCGAGGGGCAAAGUGGACCUGCUGUUGCUCUUCAUGCUGGAUAACCAUGAGGACAUCUUCAAGAUCCCAGGUUCUUUGCACAGGCUGGUCAGUGACAAGCUGGACGACAUUGUGAAAAAGAAGGACCCCACCACACAGGGCUCUGCAUUCUGUCAACAAAUUUCAAGCACCCUGUACAGCGACACUGUAAAAAGCCUGACGAAUACGGAGUUGUUUGUUCUACUCAGGAAUAUCGAUGAAAAUACAGCGUACUCCAUGAAGGUGAAGAGGAGACUGCUGGCCCAGUUCCAUAAAGGCCAUCCUGAUAUUUUCGCCCAGUAUUUCGGGUCUAGACUGAGCACAAUCAGCUUGUCUGAAGUGUAAUCAUUUGUCCUUUUCUUUGUUGUGAGAAAGUAAAUGUUUUAACUUAUGUACAUAUAGGUAUGCACAAAUGAUGUUAACAUUAAUAAAAACUUAUGAAAACUCAUUAAAAAUAAUGUUGCUCUAAUUUAA